CCACGACGGUCAACCAAACGUACACCGGACGUGUUCGAUCACUCGACGAAUCGACUUCGAUUACUAUCGUGACAUCGAUGCUCUUCAACUUCCGGCGAACCGCGAACCGAUCAUCUCACGCAAUAUAACCUUCCAAACAGAGAUUACGGGACAUGCAGGAUGGGACUUGAAAUCCAAUAAACUCCAGAACGAAAUAAACGAGCAGCAAUGCCGGCGUCGCCUUACGUAUCGCGAGUUAACCAGAUCGACGCCGUGCAACUGGACGAGGAAAUCUACAAGGUGCUGAGAAGCCAAACGAAAAAAAUUACGGAAUAUCAACCGAUAGGCAACGUCGAUCGGUGGCAGCCAGAGAUCGACGCGCUUCUCAAGUUUUUCGUCUGGUUUUUCUCGCUGCGUCGCGGAAAAUCGACCUUCGGCCAACAACUGCUCAAUUUGCAUUACGAGCGUAUCGAUCGUACAAAGUCCAUUCUGUACUUGAUUUUAACCAUCGGGCCAGCUUACGCGCGUGACAGAAUCGUGGCCGGCGCCUCGAAUCAAUCGCUAAACACGUUCUUCGAUCGUGUCGCGAACGUCGCGAAGCUGCUCGAAUUUAUCAAUCUGUUGAUCUUCUUGCAUCGCGGAACGCAGCCUCGAAUCAUCGAAUAUUUCCUCGGUAUCGCGAGUCAUUCCACGACCACCCACAAGCCAAGAAUCAUCGGAUAUUCGUACAUGACCAGGGAACUUCUUUGGCACGGUUUGAUGGAGUUAUUUACCACCGGUUUACCGCUGAUCAACUUUCAUUAUUUGAAAUACGCGCUAAAAAGGAUUUUCCCGCGGAGAAGUCGACCAGCGGUUCUGGUGUCGUUCCCCACCAUGGAUUCGACGACCAAAUGCUGCUACUGCAACGAUUCUCCGAUCUUGCCAACGCACGCGGGCUGCGAGCACAUCUUUUGUUAUUAUUGUUUAAAGGCUCACUUCACGGCCACGAACGAAUUUCAAUGUCCAGCGUGCGACACGCAGCUCUACGUUGAAAAUAUGAAAAUGUACGAAGCGACGCCGACACCGACGCCGACACCGAUGCUCGAACACGCUUUGUAAAUUCGACUGUGUACGACAGCGACACGAAUCUA